AUGGCUCCUUUCAACUUGAUGGCAGUUUCUCUGCUCGGCUGCUUGUCUAGCCUUGCACUGGGAGCUCCUACUGCAACCACCAACUUCGGAAAGCGCGCAAGCGUCGAUGAUGUCGCUACUGGUUAUGCCAGCGAGAAUGGAGGCACCAACGGUGGUGCUGGUGGCACUACCACCACUGUCUCCUCGUAUGCUGCCUUCACUGCUGCAGUCAGCGGAAAUGAUGCCAAGGUCGUCUUUGUUGAUGGCCCCAUCGAGAAGUCGGCCAAGCAAGUCCGUGUUGGAAGCAACACUAGCAUCAUUGGCAAGGACUCCAAAGCUAUCCUGAACGGCUUCGGCCUCAUGAUCAAGGAACAGACCAAUGUCAUCGUCCGCAACCUUGGUGUCCACAAGGUGGUCGCCGAAAACGGUGACGCCAUUGCUGUUCAAAAAUCCACCAACGUCUGGAUUGACCACUGCGAUGUCGCCUCUGACCGCGAUCACGACAAGGACUACUAUGAUGGACUCAUCGAUCUUACCCACGCUGCCGACUUCGUCACUGUGUCCAACACCUUCAUCCACGACCACUGGAAGGCCUCCCUGAUCGGUCACUCGGACAGCAACAGCGAUGAGGACACCGGUCACUUGCGCGUCACCCAGAACAACAACUACUGGUACAACAUCAACUCGCGUGGUCCUUCCUUCCGCUUCGGUACUGGCCACAUCUACAACAACUACUACCUGGACGUCUCCGACGGCAUCAACACCCGCCAAGGCGCCCAGCUUCUUGUUGAGUCCAACACAUUCGUUAACAGCAAGAAGCCCCUCUACUCUACUGACUCUGGCUAUGCUGUGGCCAAAGACAACGACUUCGGUGGCGCUGAGAACACUGCUGAGGCUGGAACCCUGAAAUCGGUUCCCUACGACUACAAGCUGCUUGGCUCGGCCAACGUCAAGGCUGCUGUGGUUGGUACUGCUGGUCAGACCCUCGUCUUCUAA